AUGUCGGGAUCGCAGCCCGAUGCCGAUUCCGAAGCCGGUCAGCAACAUGACCCCGAGCAGCCAUUGGAAUCGAUACCGCUAGACAUCGAGUCGACCUGGAGUGCUUGGUUGUGUGUUUUGGGGUCGUUUAUGUUCCUGGUGCCCUCGUUUGGCUUCAUGCAAUCUCUCGGAACAAUCCAAUCGUACCUCAGCCUCAACCAACUCAGCGACUAUUCAACGGGCGAAGUUGGAUGGAUUAGCAGCGUGUACUUGUUCUUGUCGCUGGUCCUCGGCCUCCGCGUCGGUCCGAUUUUCGAUGCCCACGGCCCUCGCAUCCUUGGCCCACUCGGCGCCGUCCUCGUCAUUGCCACCUACUUGCUCAUGGCAGAGUGCAAGGAAUACUGGCAAUUUAUGCUGUGUCUUGGUAUUUUCGGAGCCUUUGGUGCUGCCAUGACCAUGGUUGUCGCUGUGUCCACCGUGGGAAAACUCUUCGUCCGCCGCCGGGGCUUCGCUAUGGGCAUUGCUCUUGCUGGCUCGUCCAUCGGCUCCAUCAUUUUCCCCAUCAUGCUGCGCUCUACCUUUCCAAACCUCGGGUGGAGAUGGUCUAUGAGAAUAACGGGUUUCUUUGCUGCUGGCCUGAUGCUCCCGGCCGUGCUCUGCUUUCUACCGUACCAGCGACUCAUCCCGGCCAGCAGCCAGCAAGUGUCCAAAGGCUCUGCCUUGAACCUCGGAGCCUUUAGCAACCCGGCAUUCAACCUUGUCACAGCGGGCAUGUUUAUGCUGGAAUUCGUCAUUUUUGGAAUAGGUGCCCUGCUGCCCACCAUUGCCACUGGAGCGGGAUUCACACCCGAGAAUGGAUUCCUCUUGCUCGCGAUUAUCGGUGGCACUUCCACAAUUGGCCGAGUUGUGCCUGGUAUUAUUGGCGAUCGUGUGGGCCACUUCAAUGUCAUCCUCGCAAUGAUGGCCGUCACGAUCGUGUUCAUGGGAACACUAUUCGUACCCUUUGGAACAACCUCGGCGCCGGUUUUGUACGCCUUCUCGGCCUUGUGGGGCAUUGGGUCAGGGUCUUUCUUAUCAGUCACACCAGUUUGUCUUGGGAAAACAUGCGAGCCGAAGGAAUAUGGCACAUAUUACGGAACUAUGAACUUCGUGGUCGCAUUUUCGCUCCUCAUUUCCCUUCCUCUGAGCGGUAUUAUGCUCGACAACAUGGGUGCGCAGCCCUUGGCCGGCCUCUACAUCGCGAUUCUCUUCGUUGGAGCGGUCUGCAUGUUUGCAGCACGGGCACUUCUCAUUGGAAAAUGGCUGUCUCCAAAGACUAUAAUCUAA